GCUGUUCCUCGAUCUGGGGUGGCUCCAACCCAUCCUUCCCGUACACGACGAACAGCAAGGGAGAGGGCCCUGCCUGGGCAAACUCCUUGUUCGAAGACAAUGCUGAGUUCGGCUUCGGCAUGCGCAAGGCCUUUAAGCAGCGCCGCGACUACCUCGCAUUGCAAGUGGAGGACACCUUGGCGGAUCAGUCCGUGAAGAUGUCCGACGAAUUGCGCCAGGCCCUGCAGCAGUUCUUGGUGAUGCGCAAGGAGCAGAUGCACGACCUCUUGCUGCCAAAAGGCCGCAGCAUCUACCAUCAGAUCAUGGAGAAGCUCGUGCCGCUUUUGGAGAAGGAGAAGACUGACCACCCAAAGAUCCACAACCUCUAUGACUUGCCACUCGGUGAACCAUGCAACUACCAUAGGAACAGCCGACGUCUUCGGUUCACUCUGUACCAACAUGUAUUUCUGAUGCAGCCAUUGCCGCAGCCAAGGGAAGACAUGUUCGGCCGAAGCAGCUUCUGGAUUGUUGGCGGAGACGGCUGGGCCUACGACAUCGGCUACGGUGGCUUGGACCACGUGAUUGCCAGCGAGGAGCAUGUGAACAUCCUCGUCCUUGACACGGAGAU